ACGAACCCGCGCCCCCUGCACUGGCAGGCGGACUCCCAACCACUGCGCCACCAGGGAAGCCCCCCAUUGGUUUUGAAAGAGAUGGUCGUGAGAAUGUGAGGGUCUGGCAGUGUUAACACAUGCAAAUUCUAAAUGUGGUCUGGGGAGAGCAGGGGAGGGCAGGCCUCUUACAAUCUGAGGAUGUCUUUCCAACAGCCUGUGGGAGAGCUGAGGCUCCUCCCUGCAGGUCUGUGGAAGUGGACAUUCAGGAGGGAUGAGAGACAAAAGCAAGUUAAUAUAUUGCCUGUGGACUUGGGGUGGUCGAUAGCGCUGUGAUGUCAGAAGAGACAAAUCAGGUCUCUUCAACACUGGGCGACACCACCCCCCCCCAUCCUGUCCAAUGCCUGACUUCCCUCCCUUGGUUAACAAGUGGUCAGUAUGACAAGGGCCAGCGCUGCUAGGCCAGGGGAUGGGAGCCAUGGGGUGUGGCAAGUACUCAGACACUUUUGUUUGUGUCAGAAGCUCACAGGGACUUCAAAAUGAUUUUGUCUGAUGUCCCCACCUGAGUUCCUGGCUCCAAAAGUCUGCAGAUUUCAACAUUUCUAAACAUGUGAAGGAAAUCCUGCCAAAAAGAGGGAAUCUGUUUGGUUCACAAAUCUUUCAAACCCGUGGACAUGGGAAGCAAAAAGAAUUUUUCUGAGUGGUAAAAGAGAUGAGUACCACUGGUUGAAUGCACCCCCCUGCUUUACGAAUGGGACAACGGAGGCCUUUAGAGGGAAGAGCACUACUUCCCUUCAUUGUCACCGGUGCCCGAGUUCAGGGCCAGGUGGGGGGCUCGGCGCUGCUGGUGGCAGAGCGCCCUCCCGGCUUCCAAAUCCGAGAGGCCAUCUGGAGAUCCCUCUGGCCUUCAGAGGAGCUCCUGGCCACGUUCUUCCGGGGGUCUCUGGAGACGCUGUACCACUCCCGCUUCCUGGGCCGAGCCCAGCUGCACAGCAACCUCAGCUUGGAGCUGCGGCCACUGGAGUCUGGAGACAGCGGUAACUUCUCCGUGCUGCUGGUGGACAAGGAAGGUCGAGCCUGGACCCAGACCCUACAGCUCAAGGUGUAUGGUGCAGUGCCCAGGCCCGUGGUGCAAGUGUUCGUUGCUGUAUCAGGGGAUGCUCAGCCCCCCAAGACCUGCCAAGUGUUCCUGUCCUGUUGGGCUCCCAACAUCAGCGACAUAACCUAUAGCUGGCGACGGGAGGGAGCCAUUGACCUUGAUAUCAAGCCAGGUGGCCUCUUCAUGGAUGGACAGGUGCUGAGUGUGUCACUGGGACCAGGUGACAAAGGUGUGGCCUAUUCCUGCAUUGUCUCAAACCCUGUCAGCUGGGACUUGGCCACAGUCACCCCCUGGGAGAGCUGCCAUCACCAGGCAGCUCCAGGGAUGGCCUCCUACAAAGAUGUGCUACUGGUGGUGGUGCCUGUCUUGCUGCUUGUGAUCCUGGCUGGUCUCUCUGCCUGGCACUGGGGCCCCUGCUCAGCUCCUGAAAGAACUACCCCAGCUGACCUGGGCUUCGUGGACAUGUCCAUCCUAGGCUGUCUGGCUGGUCCCAGGAUGGAGAAAGUGGGUCAGCAAGGAGAAGGAGGCAUAAGACUUCAGUGGAUGUGUCCUAAAAGGGAAAAAGAAGAAGGAUGUCGGUGCUGGUGAAGUGGCUCCAGAGACAGAGAACCCCCUUGUUUAGGGUCUACCGUGAGCAAUGCCUGGAUCACGAGGAACCCCACUGCCUAGCCACAUGAUGCUCUGGGGUGUAGCUGGUACCUGGAGACCACCAUGGACCUCGUACCUCCUGUGAGACUCCUGUACCACCGCUCAGGAGCAGCCUGGGCAGCCGUCACACUGGGAGGACAGGAAACACUGGCACAACCUUCCACACCUUCCCCCUUCCCUCUCCCCUGGUUGCAUGUCCUGGAUCUGCUCUGGGAAACAUGGGCCCAGCAGGACAUCCUCUCAAGGACACUGGAAGUUCUCCAGGAUCCAUAGAUUGAUUGUCCAGGGCACUCACUCCUCCACCAUUGUUCAUGAAGUAUUGUUAUGGAUUGAAUUUGUCCCCUUUAAAUUCACACGUUGAAAUCCUAACCCCCAAUAUCUCAGGAUAUGACUGUGUUUGGAGAUAGGGUCUUUAAAGAGAUAUUUAAGGUUAAAUGAGGUCAUUGAGA